AUGGCCACCGCCACGCGCCUACGGCGUCUGGGAGCCGCGGCGGCGAUUGCGGCCGCGGCCAGCGGCGCCUUCCUCAUCCAACCGUCAGUCACGGCCGCGGACAGCAGCGGUGCAAACCCGGUCGCUGAGGUUCGGCAGAGGAUCAGCGACCGGAACGGCUCUGUGCCGCCGAGGGCGGCACAGGAGUCGGCUUUGAUCGGCGCCGGCGCCGGGAACCCGCUCGACAUUCUUGUUAUCGGCGGCGGUGCCACCGGCGCUGGGGUCGCGCUUGAUGCUGCUACCAGAGGGCUGAAAGUUGGCCUUGUUGAGAGGGAGGACUUCUCUUCUGGAACUUCGUCCAGGUCCACCAAGCUUCUUCAUGGAGGUGUUCGCUAUUUGGAGAAAGCUGUUUUUAAUCUAGACUAUGGCCAGCUGAAGUUGGUGUUCCAUGCGCUUGAGGAGCGUAAACAGGUUAUUGAUAAUGCGCCGCACCUGUGCCAUGCUCUGCCGUGCAUGACGCCAUGUUUUGGUUGGUUUGAUGUGGUGUAUUACUGGGCGGGGUUGAAAAUGUAUGAUCUUGUGGCAGGAUUCCGCCUGCUACAUGUGUCGAGAUAUUACUCUGCACAGGAGUCUGUUGAGCUGUUUCCUACACUGUUAAGGAAUGGUAAAGAUAAAAGCUUGAAGGGCACUGUGGUGUAUUAUGAUGGGCAGAUGAAUGAUUCUCGUCUUAAUGUUGGAUUGGCGUGCACUGCUGCUAUGGCUGGUGCAGCAGUGCUUAAUCAUGCGGAAGUGAUUGGUUUUCUGAAGGAUAAGAAAAGCAAUCGGACAAUCGGUGCGAGAAUCCGAGACAACUUGACAGGAGAAGAGUUUGAGACAUAUGCAAAAGUUGUUGUCAAUGCUGCUGGACCGUUUUGUGAUUCUGUAAGGAAGUUGACUGAUAAAGAUGUAAAACCUAUGAUAUGUCCAAGCAGUGGUGUGCACAUUAUACUUCCUGAUUAUUAUUCUCCCGAGGGUAUGGGAUUGAUUGUCCCUAAAACUAAAGAUGGACGUGUUGUCUUCAUGCUGCCAUGGUUGGGACGAACAGUUGCUGGCACCACAGAUUCUAACACAGAGAUUACUCUGCUUCCUGAACCACAUGAGGAUGAGAUUCAAUUCAUAUUGGAUGCCAUUUCUGAUUACCUUAAUGUCAAGGUACGGCGUACUGAUGUUCUCUCUGCGUGGAGUGGUAUUCGCCCAUUGGCAACAGAUCCAUCUGCAAAAAACACCGAGAGUAUCUCUAGAGAUCACGUUGUAUGUGAAGAUUAUCCUGGACUUGUCACAAUCACUGGUGGGAAGUGGACUACAUACCGUGGCAUGGCAGAAGAUGCAGUUAAUGCAGCUAUAAAGUCGGGAAAGCUGACCCCACAAAGUGGAUGUGUAACCUCAAACCUACCUAUUGUCGGUGGAGAUGGAUGGGACCCUGCAUCUUUCACCGUUAUUGCUCAGCAAUAUACGCGUAUGAAGAGGAGUCAUGGUAAAGUUGUUCCUGGAGUAAUGGACACUGCAGCAGCAAAGCAUCUGUCCCAUGCGUAUGGUACUUUUGCUGAACGGGUUGCUGCCAUUGCUCAGAAUGAAAACUUGGGGAAGCGACUUGCGCAUGGGUAUCCUUAUCUAGAGGCGGAAGUUGCUUACUGUGCACGAAAUGAGUAUUGUGAAUCAGCCAUUGAUUUCAUUGCUCGGAGAUCUCGGCUUGCUUUCCUUGAUACUGAUGCGGCAGGCAGGGCAUUGCCACGCGUAAUUGAAAUAUUGGCAACUGAACACAAUUGGGACAAUUCAAGACAGAAGCAAGAGUUAGAAGCGGCCAGGAAAUUCUUGGAAACAUUCAAAUCUUCCAAAAAUGCACGGUUUCAUGAUGGGAAACACAAUGAGUAGUAAGAUUUGUGAAUUCAAUUUUUGCGGAUACAUCAACUGACAGCAAUCUGUCGACUAAUUAUGGCGCAAUGAAGUUUAAAAUUGCCUCUUUCUCCCCAUUUCUUGAAGUUACUCAGCCGAGCAGAAGAGCCGGUAUGCCACACACAGCAUUUGGUUAUAGUUUACAAAUAGCUUUAAAAAUUUUACUUUUGCUUGUAUUGUAGACUUAGGGUCAUUCACCAAAAUAAUUCUAGAAUAUCAUCUCUCCUCCUGAGUUGGUGUUAGCAAUUGGUGCUAAUAAGAUGUACUAUUGGGUUUUUCCAAACUAAGAUUAUAAUGUUGGGAAAAGAAGAAAAGAAAUCCCAUAUUAUUUGUCUUUCAGUUAUGGGUUGUAAUGGUGAACCAGAAGGAUCAAAUAAAGUGGUUUCUUUGGUUCUU